AAAGCAACUUGUGAAUGGGCUUGUGCUACAGCAGUCACCAGUUUAUUGUGGAAAGAAGACGCCUCACACUCCGAAUGCGGUCCCAAGACUUCCUUCCGAGAGCCGCUUUUAGGCCAGGAACAAUCCCUUCCUCCACACACACAGAGAGACCCCAGCCUUUCCCCUUCCCCACAUCUCGCGUGAGAGGGAAGCUUUCCCGCGGCUGGCCGGCUUCGUCGUUCAAGGACCGCCGCGAGGCGCGCACCAGCCUGGCCUCCGAGCGAUCACCUGCAGCCGGGCUGCGCUUUAACUCCAGCCAGGAGGCGCCCUCCGCCUUGGCCAAGACUCUUUCCUGCAAGGCGUCGCCGUCGCCGCGCCCCGGCAGCUCUCUUUUGCCUUUCCACCAGGGGGACCGAGCCGGCUUCGCGGAGGCGACCCCCUCCUUCUUCGAAGUUUUUCCUCUUCAACACGCCCGAUUCAAGGAGAAGAGCUCCCGGUUGGCGUCGCAGGGGAAAAAAAGGCGACCUAGCCAUCUCUUCCUCCCUACGCGGUUGCCUGAGAGAGAACCGCCGAGGGCGCCGCCGGCUGAGCAGGCCGACCGGCUCUCGUGAAACCACCUUGCCCAGCAGCCAAAAGCAGCCCGGCUCCCCGAGCUCCACCAUGACUGCCCCUGCUGGGACGCUAGCAGAGAUGCCCAGACAAUUCCCAAAGUUAAAUAUGUCUGAAGUUGACGAGUCAGUGCGAAUCUUAGCUGAAAAGGUUUUUGCCAAGGUUCUUCGAGAAGAAGAUAGCAAAGAUGCCUUGUCACUUUUCACUGUGCCUGAAGAUUGUCCUAUUGGGCAACAAGAGGCUAAAGAAAGAGAACUUCAGAAGGAAUUGGCAGAACAACAGUCUUUGGAAACUACCAAAAGGAAGAAAAGUUUCAAGAUGAUUCGAUCCCAGUCCUUGUCAUUACAAAUUCCAUUACAAGACUGGAAGCCUCCAUCAGCUACUCCGGCUGUGUCUCCUCCUACUCCAGUUCUUCCAGGUGCCUUUCAACCUAUCCAAGGGACAUAUGAUGUUCCAGAAUUUCAAAGAGUUACAAUUAGUGGGGAUUACUGUGCUGGGGUUACAGUUGAUGAUUAUGAACAAGCUGCCAGAAAUUUAGCAAAAGCUUUACUUAUUCGAGAGAAGUAUUGCCGCUUUGCUUACCAUCGUUUUCCAAGGACGACAGCACAAUAUUUAUGCAGUAUGAAAAAUGAAAAAUGGAAAACUGAAGAUGAAGUGCUCCCAGAUUUCCAUCCACCACCGAAAGAACUGCAAGAUCCUUAUAAUCUUGAUGAUUCUCCAGGGAACUUGGACUAUGUUGUAAAGAUGAAGGAUGGCAUCUUCUUAGUUUUUGAAAACAAAGACAUGAUGGAACUUAAUGAACCACGAAGUUUGCCUUACCCUGAUCGGCAGACCUACACCCUUGACCUCAGCCAUGUAUUGGCUCUUAUUGCCGAUGGCCCAACGAAAACAUAUUGCCACAAGCGGCUUAACUUUCUAGGAUCUAAGUUUGGUUUACAUGAAAUGCUAAAUGAGAUGUCUGAACUAAAAGAACUGAAGAGUAACCCUCAUCGAGAUUUUUAUAAUGUAAGAAAGGUUGAUACCCACAUCCACGCUGCUGCUUGCAUGAAUCAGAAACAUCUGCUGAGGUUCAUUAAGCACACUUAUCAAACUGAACCCAACAGGAUAGUUGGGGAAAGAAAAGACAAGAAGCUGACUUUGAAGCAGGUGUUUGAAAGCCUACACAUGGAUCCCUAUGACCUCACUGUAGACUCACUAGAUGUUCAUGCAGAUCGCCAGACAUUUCACCGGUUUGAUAAAUUUAACUCCAAAUAUAAUCCAGUUGGUGCAAGUGAGUUGAGGGACUUAUACUUGAAAACAGAAAACUAUCUCGGUGGUGAAUAUUUUGCUCGGAUGGUGAAGGAAGUUGCCCGUGAACUAGAAGAAAGUAAAUACCAGUACACAGAACCUCGGCUGUCUAUUUAUGGGCGUUCUGCAGAUGAGUGGCAGAAUUUGGCUAAAUGGUUCAUAAGGCACAAAGUUUAUUCACCUCACAUGCGCUGGAUGAUUCAGGUCCCAAGAAUCUAUGAUAUAUUUAGGGCAAAAAACAUUCUGCCUAACUUUGGGAAGAUGCUAGAAAACAUAUUCUUACCUCUGUUUGAAGCAACAAUCAAACCCUUGGAUCAUAAAGAAUUACAUCUUUUUCUUAAAUUUGUGACAGGGUUUGAUAGUGUGGAUGAUGAAUCAAAACAUAGUGAUCACAUGUUCUCUGAAAGGAGCCCCCAUCCUGAUUCUUGGAUUAGUGAAAAAAAUCCUCCAUAUAGCUAUUAUUUGUAUUAUAUGUAUGCAAACAUCAUGGUUCUCAACAACCUUAGAAAGGAGAGAGGUAUGAGCACCUUCUUGUUUCGACCUCAUUGUGGAGAAGCUGGAUCAAUAACUCACCUGGUGUCCUCCUUUUUAACUGCAGACAAUAUUUCCCAUGGAUUGCUCCUGAAGAAGAGUCCAGUUCUCCAGUAUCUUUAUUAUCUUGCACAAAUCCCCAUUGCCAUGUCUCCUCUUAGCAACAACAGCUUAUUCCUGGAGUAUUCAAAAAACCCACUGCGAGAAUUCUUGCACAAGGGACUGCGUGUUUCUCUGUCCACAGAUGACCCCAUGCAAUUCCACUAUACGAAGGAAGCACUGAUGGAAGAAUAUGCCAUAGCAGCCCAAGUAUGGAAACUGAGUACUUGUGACCUAUGUGAAAUUGCAAGAAACAGUGUACUACAAAGCGGCUUGUCACAUAAGGAAAAACAGAAAUGCGUAGGUCUAAAUUACUGUGCUGAUGGGCCAGAAGGAAAUGAUAUUAGAAAGACAAAUGUUGCACAGAUUCGAAUGGCUUACAGAUAUGAGACUUUAUGCAAUGAACUGAGUUUUCUGUCUGAUGCGAUGAAGACAGAAGAGAUCACAGCACUGUCAAAAUAGCCACAACCAACAAGUCUGAACAAAAGAGAGAAUGUGAGCUUUUGCAGGACAGAAAGUCAUUUGAUUAUCAGAAUUCUUAGGUUACACCAGAAUUGCUGCAAAACCAGUUUCUGCAAGUACUUACCUUAAAUAGGACUGCUGUAGAUGCCAAGAUGCAGGCUUCUAGCUAUGUUGUUUAUGCAUUUAAAAGUACAUUCUAACUCUAGUCGUUAUAGGUUUGCAUCUCAAGAUACAUAACAUUCUGCUUUGAAAAAAGGGACAUAGGACAGUAGCUUUUGGUAGCACACACAGACCAGUUUUCUCACAAUGUUUCUCAUAUUGGAUUGAUGGCACUUUAAACAUUGACUUCUAUUUAGAUUUCAGGUGUCUGAUUGUACACAGUACUGUAGUGUCCGUUAGUUAACAAAGACCAUCCUGGAUUUAGAAACUAUAAUCUAAUAUAACCAAAGAUCAGCACAUCACUUGUAGAUGUUCAGUGGACAUACAAAUACUUGGCUUUUCCAGAUGGGCCCUUUAAUUGAAGAGUAAUUUGAUAUGGUAACUUCCUAAGUCAUCCAGGUAUAAACCAGAUACCUGAAAAAUGCAAAUCAGAUGUUGAUAUAUCCACCAGGAUUUGCUACAUGAUACAGUGGAGCCUUUUCAACAGAUCCAUAUCAACAUUCCACUUUAUUCACCAUUAUGAGACUUGUUCCACACCUUUUUUUCGAUAUAGAAGAUUAAGAACUUUCUUAUCUAUGUAUUAGGAGGCAUAUUUACUUGCUAAUAUGCAUUCAUGCACAUUAGAAUACCAACAUUGGCUAAAUUCACAUUUUUAUUAAACUGAGGUUUGUUUUAAAAAUUGUUGAAUAAGCCACAGUGGCUUUGACAUAGAGUGCUAAGUUUUAAAGCAUGGUUUAUACUUACAUCAGCAAGAUUAAUUAAUCUUGUUAACCAAAACCAAACCAAUCAUAAUUUGAUAUAUGUGAGGUGUGAAUGAAGCUGAUAUAACGGAAAGCUGACAUAUGCACAGACUUAACUUGCAUUUUGUAGUUUGUAUAAAAUGCACUAAAAAUGAGAUGUUUGAUAGCUUAAUAUGCCAAGUAAUGUAAGGAGUACCAUGUUUUCCCGAAAAUAAGACCCUGUCUUAUAUUUUUUUGGAUCGUGAAAUAAGCGCUUGGCUUUAUUGCCAUGCACUCAAAAGCCCGAUUGGGCUUAUUAUCAGGGGAUGUCUUAUUUUGGGGAAAACAGGGUAGAUUUCAUUGCUACUUCAUUACUAUGAUGUAAAAGUGUGGGAACUGGAAUUUAAUGAUUUAUCAACUGCUGUAGGUAAUGUUAAAAUUUUUAUAUGGAGUUUAUUUUGAAUAUGCAAACUUGAACAUGAAUUAUUAGAGGCAAUUUCUGAAUUCUGGAAAGCAGUUAUAUUUAAUUACUGUUGAUGGUGGUAGUUACCUGUUAGCCUUUUGAAAUACAGUAAAGUAAUAACUCUAAAAAGGGAAGAUGGAAAGUAAAAUUUGUCACAAAUUCUGAAUUUCUUAGGAAAAAAAGGAGGUGUAACAAAUUUCUCUCCCUGCACUUAUGCUUUUUCUAAUUUAAGUAUUAUUGUAGUGUGGAAAAAAGUUGUACGUGUUUUAAUGCAAAUUGGUUGGGAAGAUAUUUCAAUUUCAUAAGUUAUUUUCAUUUUUUUUUCUAUCCAGAAGGAUGACUAUCCUAUCCAGGUUUACUUUACAUCUGUCCAAAUUUAGCUCUCCCAAUCCAAUAAAUGCAAUUUGUUCACAGAAGCAGGGGCUCAAGAACCUUUCCACAAAAUAAUUAUAAAGGCAGCUCCUGUAUUUGGAACUUAGCAUUCUAUUCUGGGAUACUGUAGCAGAUGAAUAGAUACUAUCAGCUUUGACCAAAGAUGACCAUAACAAUUACAUCUUUAUCUUUGUUGGCUAAUAACAAUUUCAGAACUUGACCUUAUAGCCUAGUUUAUCAAUGCUUGACAGAUAAUCUAAAUUUCAUUUCACUUGAAAAGUGAUCUAUUUUGGUACUAGAAAAUCUCCAUUAUGUAAUUAAAGAACACAUCUGAAAGUUUUAGUUUCCUUCAGUACUUCUGAGUUUUCCUUUUAUACUAUUAUUCACAUUAAAUUGAACAUCGUUUUUAAAUGUAUUACUUGCAAUCACCGGUUACUUUUUUUCCUUCUCACAAAUUAGCUGGAGUUGGUGGAGCAGAGAGAGCAAGCUUUUCAAAAGAAACCUUGGAUUCCAUAUUGCUUUUGUUUUACAAAAUUAAAAAAAAAACACUGCUCUAAUAAAAAGCAGUUUAAAGCACACUCACUAUGGCAAAGUAUUAUGCAACUGUAAUGCUUGUCCAACAGGAAAGGCUAGUCCUAAUUUACACAGCAAUCCUGUGUUUUCAGUAUGCCAAGCCCUACAGCUGGCAAAUUCUCCAGUAUCUGCUCUGGACAUGGACAGUUGCUUUGGAAGCUGUUCAAGCUGUCUUCAUUUUUUUUACCUGCACAGCUAAUUCAAAUAAAACACAGGUUCUGUGUAUGCACAUUUAUGUAAAGACAGAUAAGAGCAAUUAUGAAUAACACGUGGAAAAGACAUAGCUGCUUUAAUAAAUUGAGGUGUUAUACUCAGUAGGAGCUCCUGCAUAUUUAGAAAUGGCCUAUUUGCAAAUUCUAGUGAGCACUAAAUGAUUUUAACAAUAUCAAAACCAGAUAUGGUUUCUGCCAUUCUUAGAGAUGUAUGAGAUUAAUGAGCCUUAAAGUAAAUUCUACUGAAUUUACAAGGGUUUAAAAUUGCACUAUUAUUGCAAGUUCUUGAAAUAUUUUGGUAAGCUUUAUUUCAUAAUAAUGGUACCUUCUUCCUUGAAUUAUCACUGAAGGCCAGAUAUUUUCUUGAAGGGAAUUGCCUAUUAUACUUUUUUGAUGGCUUAGACUUUAUGGGUGAAAGUUUAGCUGUCAAUUUUGAUUACUUGCAUUAAUUAUUUUAUAUAAUUAAAAUAAUUGUAUUGUUUCUACAUGGAACUUUUGGAUGCUAGAAUGCUAACAUGACCUGAUUAGCAUUCAAAGAAAUCCUUGCUGGUUUAAGAGGGAUUAUGGGAAUUAUGUCCAGCUUAAACAAGAAAAAUGGUUUGAGUUACACAUGUACAGUAUGUAUUUUGUUGUCUAAAAUAUUCAGAGAUAUGUAUAGCAUGAAGCUUAAUAAAUGGAAAUAUUAAACAUUUAUAAAUAUA